AUGUCGAGCUGCCGUGCCUCCCUCCUCGCCGUCCUGUGCAUCAUCCUCUACGACUGUACCCAUGUCCCUCGCGCUGGCUGCCUCUCCUUCAACCUCAGCUUCUCUCAACCCGAAAGCCUAGCUGAUCUCGAUCGGUUGAUAUACUGCACCGGCGACGCAUACCUCACUCUAGACACGCUUGAGCUCACGCGGCGGAGCAGGAGGACCAACGACAGCACCGGCCGGGCCACGUACACGCAGCCAGUGCGGCUAUGGGACGCAGCUACCGGCGAGAUGGCCAGCUUCACCACUAGCUUCGAGUUCCAGAUCACUCUGGACGACGCGAGCACCAUCGUCACUCCCGGCGACGGCGGGAUGGCCUUCUUGCUCAGCCAUCAUGUCGGGUCUGGUAUACCCCCCGGGAGCUUCGGGGGCAGCUUGGGCCUCCUCCCGAACCUCACGUCCGGUUACAAGAUGAUGGCAACCGUGAGGUACGAGAAUGUUACCAAGUUCCUGGCCGUCGAGCUCACCAUCAACGGCGACACGUCCUACUACGUCAACGCCACUGUUGAUCUCAAGAGCUACCUUCCCGAGCAUGUCGCUAUCGGCUUCUCGGCAGCGACUGGCGGUGGUGGCGAGCAGCACCAGAUACUGUCAUGGUCAUUCAUAUCCACUCUGCAGGAGGAACAGGUACAUACACAUAGGUACCAGAUCAUCCUUGGCUUGGGAUCAGCGCUGCGGUAUCUCCAUCAGGACUGGGAGCAGUGUGUGGUGCACGGUGACAUCAAACCAAGCAACAUCAUGCUGGACGAGUCUCUCGGCACCAGGCUUGGCGACUUUGGCCUGGCCCGGCUCGGCGAUCACGGCGCACGGUGGCACACCACCAGGGCCGUGAUGGGCACGGCGGGGUACAUCGACCCAGAGUUCGUCAACACGCUCCACCCGAGCACCUACUCCGACGUCUACAGCUUCGGUGUUGUCCUCCUCGAGAUCGUCUCCGGGCGGUGCCCCGUCAUCCUGCUAGAAGGCGGCGCGCACUUUGUCCUGGUCAAGUGGAUGUGGGGCCUCUAUGGCCGGAACGCGAUCCUCGACGCGGCGGAUGAGCGGCUGAGGUCCGGCGACCAGGCCGACGAUAGGUGCAUGGAGAGGGUGCUCGUUGUUGGGCUGUGGUGCGCGCAUCCUGACCAGAGCGAACGGCCAUCCAUUGAGCAGGCCAUGCACGUCCUGCAGUCGGAGGACGCUAGGCUCCCGACGCUCACACCGCAAAUGUACAGAACGGUGUCGGAGUUUGCCGUCACUCGACGUGCUAUCGGCGCCUUGUCCGUUCAGAGCUCCUCUUCCACGACCACGGCGACAACCGGUGGCCACUCCAAGAUCUCUUCCGAGUCAGCAUCCUCUCCCUUGCUUUGA